AGAAGGCAGGGGCUGUCCUAUUCCCAACUGCUCGAUAAUGGGUUGCAGCAUUCAUCCAGGACCUGUCCUGUCGUCGACUGGCGUAGCCAGCUCAAAAGGCAGGUAUCAAACAGGAAUCACUGGUCAUCAUCAGAUGGUACCACGGCUGAGGCAGAGCGUCUGCUGCCUGUCACGCCAAACCCCUGACGGCGGCCUCCACUGCCCAAGUCGAGGCUGCACUAGCAUGAAGGGCUGAAGCAAGUCUUAGACCAAGCCGCGCUCGCUGCCCCUUGACCCCAUUUCGCAUCACCCCCCUGGCUUACCGGGUUCUAUUUUUUGCCUUUUCUAUUUUCUUCUGCCAGACCCCCAAUCUCCCGUCCUUCCCGCGUUCCCUGCCCGGUACGACCCCAUCAAAACCACAACUACCCUCCAAAUCACCUGCCAGCCGACCUGUGCCCUUCGUUUUGCCCAGAUCCAAUCCCGCCUACCUCUGUCGCUCCCUCGCGCUCCCAAGAUUCCGCCUCCCGUUUAACUUGCCGUUGUCCUCCACCCAACCAUAUCUCAUUGGGUCUUGGUUCUGUGCCGCUCGCCAAAUCCUGCAAGGCAGGGGAAGAAGCCGACGACGCAGAGCCGCUACAACAUAAAAUACCAGCCCGACCAACACAACCAUCGUCGCCAUGGCCUGGGGGAAAUCGAAGUCGGCGGCCCCUCCGUCCACCUUUAGCCAGCUCCUUCCUCUCGUCAUCUUCUUCGCCAUCGUCGGCGGCCUGGGCUGGGUCGGGUACCAGAUCUACCUGACGUCCAACCAGAUCCAGAAGCAGGCGAGCGACCGCAUGAACAAGAAGAACGUGGUCUUCACAAAGGACGGUAUGCGCGUCGGCGUCAAGCACGUCGACGACGAGAGAUACGUCGACGCCACGCAGAAGUGGGUCGUCAAGGCCUGGGACCACGCGGCCGACUCCAAGAAGCCGAGCAAGAGGAAGUGAGACAGGAUCAGGGAUAGAUUCAGGGCGUUGCGAGAGCGCGUACGCGACAUACGAUUCAAGAGAGCGCAAGAGAAGGCAUACAACAAAACCCGCACCGGCAACAACUCUCCCGCAUCCGCCAUCUAAUCCCUGGACGACCAUGGUACACACGCGACACGAGCUGUCUUACGAAUACCGCGGAAUCAGGGCUCGCCAUUGAGUUUACGACUUUUUCCAUUUCACGAUACCCAUGCUUGCUUGGCCAGUUUCCCGUUUCCUUUUUUAAGCCUCGUUUGGCUUUUGCCCCGAUGGGCUUUGCUUGCCAUUUGGCACUGGACAUUAUGAUUUCUGUUUUCUUAGAUGGUAGAUAUAAUAAGAAACAUUGUCAUGCAGAAGCAUAGACUAGCGUUGUCUUGGUGGGUGGACAUGUAUGUACUCGAGGAGAAUCAGGGACUGAGUAGAGGAGAAUCAGGGACUGAGUAAAGGAUAAUAACGAGCUUUAAAUAUUUAAAUACGCUGCAGCUAUUUUCAUCUGAGUGAA